AUGGAGGCGCUUCAGGCUGAGAAUGAGCGACUGCGGGCCCGCGUGGCUGAGCUGGAAGGGCAGAUGAGCGAGGCUUUGGCGCGCCCUAAGAUCGAGAAAAUGAGUGCCGAGGUCGUGGAUUCCAACCCUUAUAGUCGUUUGAUGGCGCUCCAGCGCAUGAAAAUUGUCGAGCGCUACGAAGACAUCCGUUCCUGCUCCGUACUGGUUGUCGGUGUGGGCGGCGUGGGCAGUGUGACUGCUGAUAUGCUUACCCGCUGUGGUGUGGGCAAGCUCAUCUUGUACGACUACGACAAGGUGGAGAUGGCCAAUAUGAAUCGCCUCUUUUUUCAACCACACCAGGCCGGCCUGUCCAAGGUCGAUGCUGCCAAGCGCACCCUCGAGUUCAUCAAUCCGGACGUGCAGAUUGAGACGCACUGCAUGGAUAUUACCACGCUCGACAAUUUCAACCAGCUCUGUCACAACAUCAAAACGGGUGGUGUAGACGGCGGGCCCGUAACCUUGGUCCUCGGCUGUGUCGACAACUUUGGCGCCCGCAUUGCGCUCAACCAGGCGUGUGUUGAGUCUCGACAAGAUUGGAUUGAGAGCGGUGUUAGUGAGAAUGCCGUCUCAGGCCACAUCCAGUUCAUCUCACCCGGCAAGACUGCAUGCUUUGAGUGCGCUCCACCACUGGUUGUCGCCUCUGAGAUCGACGAGCGUACUCUCAAACGGUCUGGUGUCUGCGCUGCAUCUCUCCCUACCACUAUGGGCGUCACCGCGGGCCUUCUCGUUCAGAACGCGCUCAAGUUCAUGCUCAAGUUUGGCACGGUGAGCGACUAUCUGGGAUACAACGCUUUGUCCGACUUUUUCCCCAACUACACGAUGAAGCCCAAUCCAACGUGUAACAACCCCAACUGCUGCCAAGCCCAGACAGAAUAUCAGGCCCGCCGAGCCGAAGAGCCCGAGAUUGAGGCACCCAAAGAAGAAGAGCCAGUGGUUCACACCGAGACUUUUGGCAUCUGCUUGGUGGAUGAGUCUGAGCUCGAACCCGACAACACGGCAGUUGCCCCAGGCCUGCGUUUUGAACAUGAACAAGCGUCGGCCCCUGCCACACACGCGGUUUGUGAAACGCUCAUCUAA